UCCUGGUGUCCUUCGACAGAUCGCAGAUUGUUGCAUUCACUCACUCACUCACUCACGCACUCAAUUCCCCGACCUCGGCGUGAUUUCAGAUUGACCCAAUUUGGGGGCUCUGGCAGCGAUGGCCGCGAAACAGCUCGCAGUGCAGGUGCACAAUGCGGGAGGGACGCUGCGGGUGCUCAGCACUAAGCCCAUGCCCGGCACUCAAUGGAUCAAAACUCUCACUAGCGUUGGGUGCCGCGUUGAGGUGUGCACUGAGCCGAAGGUCAUACUCAGCACGGAUGACAUCGUUUCUCUCAUUGGGAACAAAUGCGACGGUGUCAUUGGACAGUUGACAGAGGAUUGGGGAGAUACCCUAUUUGGGGCCUUGAAGAAAGCCGGCGGGCAUGCGUACAGUAAUAUGGCAGUCGGUUAUAACAACGUGGAUGUGGAUGCUGCUACUCGACAUGGCAUAUCCGUUGGAAACACUCCCGGUGUACUGACGGAGACAACAGCGGAGCUGGCAGCAGCUCUGACGCUUGCGGCAGCCCGGCGGGUUGUGGAAGCUGAUGACUUCAUGCGUGCUGGCAAAUACGAAGGCUGGCUUCCUACUUUGUUUGUGGGAAAUUUACUUAAGGGACAAACCGUUGGCAUUAUUGGUGCCGGAAGAAUUGGGACAGCCUAUGCACGCAUGAUGGUUGAAGGGUUCAAAAUGAACGUAAUCUAUUACGACUUGUAUCAGGCGACGAGACUGGAGAAGUUUGUUUCAGCAUAUGGACAAUUUCUCGAGUCCCAGGGCGAGACACCUGUACAUUGGCGGAGAGCAUCCUCUCCGGAAGACGUCUUAAAAGAAGCUGAUGUGGUAAGCUUGCACCCAGUUCUGGACAAGACGACUUAUCACCUCAUUAAUAAAGAGAGGCUGGCUCUCAUGAAGAAGGACGCAGUCCUGGUGAAUGCAAGCCGAGGACCUGUUGUUGAUGAAACUGCUUUGGUGGAGCAUCUCAAAGCCAAUCCCAUGUUUCGUGUUGGUCUAGAUGUAUUUGAGGAUGAACCUUACAUGAAGCCCGGCCUCGGUGAACUCUCUAACGCUGUGGUCGUUCCUCACAUUGCCUCGGCUUCCAAGUGGACGAGAGAAGGUAUGGCGACACUCGCUGCCCAGAACGUUGCGGCCAAGCUGAAAGGAUGGCCUGUAUGGUCUAGUCCUAACGUUGAACCCUUCCUUGAUGAGAUCAAGCCAGCGCCCAAGGCUGCUCCAAGUAUUAUCAAUGCGAAAGCUCUUUGUUUGUCUUCAAUGCCUUGAGGUUAGAUUUUCUUCAUAACCAUGGAAGCUAUGGAGACUUCCGUGUUUGUAAGAAACAAAAAUUAAGGAUAUAAACUUCCCUUCUGUUCGUACGACUCGGCCAAAAAAUUCAAAGAUUGAAAAAUCGAGGAUUUUGAACUUC